GUGUGUCUGUUGUAUGUCUUUGUCUUUGCAACCUCAAAAAUAAAAGGCGAGACAAGGUUGAUACCGAUUUCUCAAAUAAUCCUGUUUAGUUUUAUUCUUUUUAUUUAUUUUCAAAAUAUCUUAGAUUUCUUUAAUGAAUGAUUGCAGUGCAAUCGUAGAUUGAAGUGUUUUGUCAAUUUCAUAAUAUUUCUAAUUCCUUCUUGGUACUAAUUCCCCUGUUUACCAUAAUUUUUACAAGUUUGUUUCAGAAUAGAGAAGUUAAAGGACGCGAUUGUCUUUCACUAUAUUCUAUUCAUCCUUUGUAAUUGUUUCUUUUGGUGCAGCUACAUGAACGUGAGUUAAUCUGUACGUUGUCUUUCAGUUUUGACGCAUUCUUUUUGGUCACUCUAUUUCUAUUUUACUCAAACUCCUGUUCUUUAAUCACAUUGUUUGUCGGAUCGGGUCUUUUGCUUUACUGUAUAAUAUUAAGAUUACGAAUAAUUUCUUCUAUAAAUCUAUAUAUGGACGAUGUCUCCUAUGGUCUCCCCCCGUGAUACAAUCAGUUCCAUCCAAAAUGCUGGACUUUGGAUUUUCGAAAAUCUAACAUCGCAAAACCAAUUAUUUGGUGAACGGCUUUUGUUUUGUACUUUUGUACAUCCACAGAUUGGUAUUACACUUCUGGCAUUUGUGACUAUUGAUGACAACAUGCUAGCUGUUUUUGCAUUAUCCAAGUUAGGUCCGGAUGCAUUCACGUUACCAUAUUCGUUCUUCUCAAAGUUAGAAGAAUUUUCUGACAUACUGGGUCUUCAGUUGGAUUUCCAGGAAGGUCGUAGAGAAGCUAUGCUUUGUGCAUAUGAAUUCCUAUGUACCGAUUCAGUUUCUGUAUAUACGGAAGAAAACUGGUUAGAGGCCGCGAUUGAUCCAGGAUACGCAGAAUAUGUAUUUUCCACAAUUGAUGUUUUUCAAUCUGAAGCAUUGCUUCAUGAAUUAUUAUCAAUUGGACCCACUACUGGAUUUCACGAAUUCACGGUCGAUGUUUUGUUAGAGGGUAUCACAGAUGAUAGUUGGUGGGCGAAUCCUUUUACAAAGCCAUGGCGCUCGUUUUUAGGGAAUCAUUAUAUAUGUGAGAAGGAUCGUAGAAAGGCCAACAGUCCUACUCCAAGUGUUGCCUCUGGUUCAGCAGCCGGUAAUAUGUCAUCUGUUUGGAAGAAAAAAAACCUUCUAUUUGAACUCAUGAGAACAGAAAGUACAUAUGUUACACGUCUUAGACACUUAUUGAACGAUUAUGCAUUACCGCUGCGAACUUUAGCAAAGUCAUCAAAGAAGCUAAUAGGACUUUAUGAAAUUAACACCCUGUUUCCUCCAAACUUAGCAAAGCUAAUUCAAAUAAACUCAGCAUUCUUGGAUGAAAUUGAGGCAAUCAUGGAGGAAUUAAAUGAAGACAGCGAUUCUACUGAUGAUAUAACUGAUGAAUUUGAUCUACGGAUGGCGACUUGUCUCUGCAAUCAUUUUCAAGUGUUUGCUCAGCAUUAUCCCCGUUAUCUUGAGCAAAGUAAUGAUUUCGGUGAGGUAUUAAACGCUGCUUCAAAAAACCCAAAGUUUUUGGAUUUUAUCGAUAAAAUCAAAGUAAACGCAAACCGCAAUGUAAGUCUUAGCCAGCUGAUUAUGGAACCCGUACAAAGAAUCCCUCGAUAUUUUCUCUUUUUGGAGCAAAUAAUUACCCUUACUCUUGAUGGACCCCCUCAAGAAACUUAUAUGCAAGCAAUGGAGACUGUUCAUAACAUUGCCGAGAUGCCAGUUGUUGAUGCAGAAGAGCGCUCGAAAAUUUUUGCUGGUCUUCAAUAUAUAGUACCUAAUCUUGCUCCAAACUUAAUAUCUAAUUCGAGAGACUUAAUAGAUUGUGUAGAUGUUAAUCGUGAAGUUUGGAAGAAUGGACAAUUUUCACUCGUUCCGUAUACAAUUUUACUAUUCACAGAUUGCAUCUGCCUACUUAAAAGACAUUCGAAAACGUCUUUAGCUGAUGUUGUUAUGGAUUUGAAGGAGACCUUCGUAUUACCCAAGUCAUUUUCUAGAGAGAAGAGCGCACAGUACAUUGCUUGGAAUUUUAAUGAAAAUGUUGAGUUGACAAGAAGCAUUGGUGAGGAUUGUAUAUUAUGGCUUAUUUCGAAGUCAGCAUCUGCAUUCCCCUUCUUUAGUGAAUUUCCUCUUAUUAAGUUUGUUUCGUCAAACGGCAAGCUUCCUCUUGAAAUUUUUCUGCGUUCUUUUCAGCAAACUUUAGCAUUUCGAAAGACUCAAGGGAUGCUUGUUACGAGCCAGAGUUUCAAUGAUUUUACUAUUUUUUAUAGCUGUUUCACUCCUGUAUCCUAUGAAAAAGAAAAACAUAGAAAUUCGAUUAUUUGUGUUUGUAAUGACGAAGAAAACUCUUGCAAUGCCGAAUCCUUCCUUUGUGAGGGUAAUGUUGUCUUGAAUAUUUACAGACAAAACGAAGGAUUUUUCAUAGAAGCCUUAACGUGGUUAGGUUUUGACUUACCUUCGAGACUAUUCAUUUCGGAUCCGAAUAUACAAGAAUUUAUUUUUGAGUACUUAAUUACAAUAAAGCGUAUGCUUUCUAGUCCUUUUUCUAAUCGCUGUUUUUCACAGUACAGUCUUUAUGACAACAUACUUCAAUACUUAUUGCUUUCUAAAGGCAGUCCCAAGAAAGGAAGGCUUUCGUUUACCGGACGCCCAACCAGCCCCAUCAAAUGGGCAUCUGCUCUGAAAGGAACAUAUGGAGCAAAGGGAUAUUCUAAAUCUUAUGCUAUACCUCCCUUGCAAAAGCAUAGCAACAAUGACAUACACUUCGACUCAAGAAAAUCCUCUGGGAAUAUAGAAAUGAGGAUGUCCAAUAUUUCAUUUGAAACAGUUAUUGAAACUUUACAAUGUUUUAAGACAAUCUUCUUGGGAUUUAAAGAUUAUAACACAUUCUUAAAAGAAAUAUCUCCUUUAGAAAGCCAGCAAAUUGAUGGUUUCAUAGGAAGUAUCACCAAAGAAACACCGGAUUUCGAGCAUAUACAACGGCUCCCAGGAGAACGAGUAUAUUUAUUAUUUUGGAAAUAUUUAAAGCAUUGCAUCAUUAAAAAAUAUGGCUCUCUAUUGCCAUCAACGUUCAUGCAGCACUUGAACAAUCAUGGACAUACAGAUUUGUCAUACAAUUUAGAAACUUCUUUAGAAAGGAUACACUCUUGUUUACAAGAGUUACCACAGCAAAUUACACGAAUUUUGGAUGUAAUUUUUGAAAUCAUUUCAGAAUUACUACUAAGAUUACCUUUAAGAGACCAGUGCGAAAUGCUCAUUGAGCAGAUGGCGAGCGUACUUUCUCCUCCAUUGUAUCGUAGUAGUGCCGUUGAAGUGAUACGUUUUAUGACAUACUACUACGACCAAUUAUUUAAAAAGGAUACCUCCGAUAGAUUAUUUUCCUCGUCGUCAAAGGGGGCUGAACGCCAUGGGAACGGAGAAUACGAGGAACAAGCAUGUCAACAAGUUAUCGAUUCUUUCGCGGCCAAGGAAAUUGUUCCUGGCAAAGUGGAUCUAAAGGACUAUGAGCAUCUUCGGCAAAACUAUCAUAUGACGCUUGCGAAGAUAGCUCAAAUAAACAAACAGAUUAGUAUAAGUAAAGAGACGAUGCCAGUCUUAUACGAUCAACUGACGCAUGAUCUCAAACUAAUCAAACAAUCUAUACAAGCAAAUCUUGCUCGAAAACAGUGUGAAUUAGAUAUUGCUAAAUGGACGUUAAAGGAAUAUGAAGAUGCCGCAAAAAAUGUGAAUAACGACGAUCGCAAAAUGGAGUAUUUCCUAUAAUUUAACAACACAUAUACGUUGAUACAAAUACUUACGAAAGGAGACAAGCUACUUUUAUUUAAAUGUCAAUUUAAGAAUUGAAUAGAUAAGAGGUCAAAGUUCAUGAUAAUCAUUCUAAUACAAGCAAACGAAAUUCCUCACUCUUUUGGUAUUUUCAAUUUUCUAUGGUUAUAGGGAGAAUGGUAACGUAGAUCAUGUAAAAAU